AUGCUGUCACAAAGACUUGCCAGAGGCCUUCGCGCCACCCCUUCAGUCCGCUCGUCGGCCUUCAGAUCCCCCAUCGCCUCUUCAUUCAGAAGGGGAUACGCCGAUGGUGGUGAGGAGAAGGUUAAGGGCCAGGUCAUUGGUAUCGAUCUUGGUACCACCAACUCGGCCGUCGCCGUCAUGGAGGGCGCCGCUCCCAGAAUCAUUGAGAACAGCGAGGGUGCCAGAACCACUCCUUCAGUUGUUGGUUUCACCAAGGAGGGUGAGCGCCUUGUCGGUAUCGCCGCCAAGCGUCAGGCCGUCGUCAACCCCGAGAACACUCUCUUCGCCACCAAGCGUUUGAUCGGUCGCAAGUUCAAGGAUGCUGAGGUCCAGCGUGACUUGAACCAGGUCCCCUACAAGAUUGUCCAGCACACCAACGGCGAUGCCUGGCUCGAGGCCCAGGGCCAGAAGUACUCGCCCUCGCAAAUUGGUGGUUUCGUCCUCGGAAAGAUGAAGGAGACUGCUGAGUCUUUCCUUGGCAAGACCUGCAAGAACGCCGUCGUUACCGUCCCCGCUUACUUCAACGACCAGCAGAGACAGGCCACCAAGGAUGCCGGUCAGAUCUCUGGUCUUAACGUCCUCCGUGUCGUCAACGAGCCUACUGCUGCUGCCCUCGCCUACGGUCUUGAGAAGGAGAGCGACCGUGUUAUCGCUGUCUACGAUCUUGGUGGUGGUACUUUCGAUGUCUCCAUCCUCGAGAUCCAGAGCGGUGUCUUCGAGGUCAAGUCGACCAACGGUGACACCCACCUUGGUGGUGAGGACUUCGAUAUCACCCUCGUCCGCCACCUUGUCCAGCAGUUCAAGAACGAGCAGGGCAUCGACCUUUCCAGCGACCGCAUGGCCAUCCAGCGUAUCCGUGAGGCCGCCGAGAAGGCCAAGAUCGAGCUUUCGUCUGCUCCCCAGACCGACAUCAACCUUCCCUUCAUCACUGCCGAUGCCUCUGGCCCCAAGCACAUUAACAGCAAGAUGACUCGUGCCGAGCUUGAGAAGCUUGUCGGUCCCCUGAUUGACCGCACUGUUGAGCCCGUCCGCAAGGCUCUUAAGGACGCCAACAUGCAGGCCAAGGACAUCCAGGAGGUCAUUCUCGUCGGUGGUAUGACCCGUAUGCCCAAGGUUACCACCUCGGUCAAGAGCAUCUUCGGCCGUGACCCCGCCAAGUCUGUCAACCCCGAUGAGGCUGUCGCCAUUGGUGCCGCCAUCCAGGGUGCCGUCCUCUCUGGUGAGGUUACUGACGUCCUCCUUCUCGAUGUCACUCCUCUUUCCCUCGGUAUUGAGACCCUUGGUGGUGUCUUCACCCGUCUGAUCAACCGCAACACCACCAUCCCCACCAAGAAGUCUCAGGUCUUCUCCACCGCUGCCGACUUCCAGUCCGCCGUCGAGAUCAAGGUCUACCAGGGUGAGCGUGAGCUCGUCCGUGACAACAAGCUCCUCGGAAACUUCCAGCUUGUUGGUAUCCCUCCUGCCCACCGUGGUGUUCCCCAGAUCGAGGUCACCUUCGACAUUGACGCCGAUUCGAUUGUCCACGUUCACGCUUCCGACAAGUCUACCGGCAAGGACCAGUCCAUCACCAUUGCUUCCGGCUCUGGUUUGAGCGACUCUGAGAUCGAGUCUAUGGUCAACGACGCCGAGAAGUACGGUGCCGCCGACAAGGAGCGCAAGGCUGCCAUUGAGGCCGCCAACAAGGCCGACAGUGUUCUUAACGACACUGAGAAGGCCCUCAAGGAGUUCGAGGACCGCCUCGACAAGGCCGAGGCUGACCAGAUCAAGGAGAAGAUCGCCAGCCUCCGCGAGUUCGUUGCCCAGAACCAGACCGGUGAGGGUACCGCCACUGCUGAGGACCUCAAGGCCAAGACCGACGAGCUCCAGUCCGCUUCCCUUACUCUCUUCGACAAGAUGCACCGCGCCCGCUCCGAGCAGAAGCAGGAGUCUGGCGAGGGUGAGCAGAAGCAGGGUGGUGAGGGUGAGCAGAAGCCUUAA